GCCAACAUUUCGGACUAGACGGAACGAAUGCCCGCUUUGGGUUGUUAAAUGUUUUUGAUCCCACCGUUUUUGAUCUAAAGUUAUAUCUGGCAAAUGAUAACGUUAAGGCAUAUUUGAUAAAAGUUCUGGAGUUUAGUAAGAUAUAAUCACACCCACAACUGAUGAAUCUUCCCGUUUAAUACCAGUAGUAAACUUUGGCGGCUGAAAUAUAUAACGUAUUGUGGUGAGUUGUGUACCAACUAAUGUAAAUAGCUUUUGAGUCGACCGAAAAGAUUUAAAAAAACUGGUUACAUAUUAAUUAGUUUAAACGUGACUUCCAGUUAAAUACCGUGGAAUGAUUGAAAUGUUAUGUGAAUAGUUGUUAGGUUUAUACAGGUCAUUUAAACAUGUACGCUCUUUUUUAUGACAAUUGACAUAGAUGGAUAAGUUUCUACCAAAGGAUCCAUAUUUGGCUUAGGAUUUAAGUCACUAUCCUGUUUGAAUUGUUCAUUGAAAUCGUAUGUCUUUGUAAGACCGUAAGUGAUCAUUGUCCUGAUUCGAUCAAAUGUAGUCAAAUAAAAAAGACGUACCCAUAGUUUAUCAUUGGCACACCACCUCUAGGUCGGCGUUUCUGACCACUAUGUUAUUCUUGUAAUGUCAGAGGUAUGAAAGGUAAGCCUCAAAGUUCAAGUCGGACUUCUGGUGUAGAGCCUAGUAGAUCUUCCUGGAGCGACCCAUCAAUCAUAUUAUUUCAUAAUUUUAACUUUCAGCAAACGUCUGUCAUGUCAAACUAGUGUUUUGUUUGUUAACUGUAGGAAGGGUUAUGGGUCUGUCAUAAAUAACAAAAACUGGUGGUAAUCCCUUUGGCGUUUGAACACACUCUUGAAAAGUAACUAGUUUGAACACAUAAAUCUCAACGACUCAACGUCAGUCGUAAAAAAAAGACUGAAAUGAAUGAACAUGACUGAUUUGAACGGUGGUACUAUCUGUGGUGUUUCAUCUCUGGUAGAAGGUCGGUUUGAGUACAAAAAGCUUGUUUAGUUAUUUUCAGCUAACUCCACUCGUUGUGUUGCAUGAUAUCUAGUUACCUAUGGAAUGUAUGUUUUAUUCUACAUGAACCACUGUAGUAACUCAUUCGGGGCAUAAAUAUUGUAGCCAGAAAAAGUGCUCAAUUUAUAAAUAUUCUUCAUUUUAUGUAGUUCUGCUAUCUCUAUUCAGGUUUUCCAGGACAAUAGUACUACUACUUUUAUCUAAUAGUACUCACAGUGGCUGAAUAGUUAUUAUUUUUUUAUUUGUCUAAACGUAACUGUUGGUGCAAGGAGACACCAAAUAUAUAUGCACCACAUAAAUUCGAUUUGUGCUAGGGCUGAAAUACUACCCGGGUGUUUGAACUGAUGCAGCUGCUCAGUAAUAACAAUUAUAUGAUCACAGAGCGUCUUUUUAUCAUCGCUCUCACAUGGCAGUACUUUCUAAUGUGGAAUUUGUGGAAUCCGAAAAUAAUAAGAGUCCACUUAAUUUGACACAAAUUUGAUCUUGAUGGCACAUUUUUCACUUUGUUUUAAUGUACAUUUGACUAUUUAUUAUGCUUUCUACUUUUUGUCUAAUAUACUGUCCCUAAUAUUUUAUUUCUCCACUACCGUUGUCACAACAAUUAUUGUUUAUUGUUCAUAUGUCAUAGUUUUUCUCCCCUAUUUGUAAUGUGGAACAACAUAUUAAACUCAUUGGAAGUAUUAUGUUUUUGCAUAAUGUGGAUGGGUCAUUUUCCCAAAAAUUCCAUUUCUGAUUGAAUUUAGUUGUGACCACAUAGAAAAUUGAUAUUUUAGAGUUAAUGUUGGAAAGCUUUAAAAUCCUGUGUCUCCUUUUUUAUUUAUUUAUAUUUUUUCGGAUAAAAACAACUACUCUACCUGUUCUGUUUAAAUUCAAGUCAGUUUAUUGUAAGCUUAUUAUUGCAAGUAAUUAUUCUGCACAAUGACCGUGGAUUCUGCGGUAACUAUUAUACCUAUUCUCCAACAAAAAUGUGACACUUUAAAAAGCAAGGUUAGUACUGUUUCAUAACUAAGUGUUACUUUAUCUGUUGGUUUUAUGUAAACUGUUUAAUAUCUUUUUAGCUGAAAUAAUGAUAACCACCCUAUUUAAUGUCAUUUAACUGAUUAGGUGAAGGGUCCUAAACACGAAAUAAACGUAUGUGAUAUGAUGUAUUUUUUAUCAUACAAUGUAUACACAUUGUUCAUGAAAUUAAUCGUAUCUGUUUAUCUUCUCUCCAAAGAAUAAAUGAAGAAAAUACACAAAUAGCUAUGGUGAUUUCAUCUAGAUUUCCCAGUAUUUAGCCUUACGAUAGAUUGUAAGAUUAUUAUAAAACAUGUAAAUUAGGUGAUCGAUAUAUUUGAAUGACCAGGUCAAAUCUUAUGAAAAAUACAUUUUAUUGCAAUAUUUACACAAUUAAAAAGUGACAACUCAGAGAUUACAAGUCUUUUAGUCGACUAAAUGACGGGUGUGUGGGUACAAUGUAAGAUAUACAGCAAAUUUCUCACUGGUUAAAAUAUUAAAGUUUUAUAACAUUUUCAGGUUGUUCGCGGAUAGUAACUCCUUAAAUGACUUAUAACUUUUACAAAGUGAUGUCUUAUUCUGAUCUAUUUUAUCAUUUGUUAGAGACAUUACUUUUGUUCCUGGUUUUUUUCUUUUGAUAGAUAGCAGAUUUCACUUUAGUUAAUCAGGCCUUACAAUUGAAAACUUAUCAACUAUUAAAUUUCAUCAAUCGUCACGAAGAUUUCUCUGGUUUAAUUACAAAAGAAUACGAUGAGGUUUCUAACGAUAUUAAUAUUGUUCAAUCAGCCAUAGAUAGGUAUACAUGUGAACUGGAAGAUUGGAAAUCGAAACUUGAUCAGUAUAUGAUGAUGGUGACAACUGUGGUGUUAAAUAACAGUACUAAUAGUACAACUAACGGUAGUAAUGUUAGUAAUCUUAAUAAUAAUAACAAUGGGGAUGACAGUAUCAAUUUGACAUUUGGGUCAACUAAAUUACCUAUUGUUGCGUCAUCUCAAUCUCCGUCUCUUCCAUCCGUGUUCUUAUCGUCAACCAACUCCCCAGUUCAACUAGAUAAUUCAUCUUUAGGAACUCUACAAAGUGUUAAUAAUAAAUUUUCUGAGUUUAAAUCAUCUCACCCAACAACAACAACAACAAAAUUACGUUUACGUGCACACUUCCCAAACAGUCAAUUUACAUUAGUUGAAAUUAAAUCUGGACAACAAAUCAAACAUGCUUUAGAAAAGAAAUUGUCACAUCGUGGUCUACACUUAGAACAGUUAAUUGUUUACCGAUCACGUACAGGUCUACCAGUUUCAUGGGAAGAUGACGCUGAACAAAUUGCUUUAAUUGGUGAAGAAUUAAUAGUUGAUUUUGCUCGACGAAACUUUAAACGUUUAGAACAUCAUUUUCAAAGAAAGACAUUUUUUGAAAAGGCUUAUUGUAAUCUAUGCCAUAAGUCUAUAUUCCAUGGUGCUAUAUGUAAAGCCUGUGGUUGCGCCUAUCAUAAUCGUUGUCUUCCGCGUGUCGAUAAGAAUUGCUUGUCCAAUUUAGAUGAUGAUGUUUUCUAUGUUGGUGAUCAACUAAGCAGUCGAAACUCUUUGGGUACUUCUAAUUCAUCUAUACACGGAUCAAAUUGGUUAGUUUCUUCAAAUGCAACACCAGGCUAUACACAUUUCUAUCAUUUUAAUCCUGAAGACCUGACAACAGUUCGUGUAUUGACUAAUUCUACUGGAGGUGGUUUCGAUAGUAAUAAUCUUCUAUUGAAUAGUCAAUAUCUUCCAACAUCUUUCGGAAGUGGAGGUGGACAUUUUCCUCGUCAGUGUUUGUCACUAACCUGUAGAGAACGUUCAUCGUCAACACCGAAUGUAUCGAACAAUUUAAUUCCACCAAAUCAACAGAAAAGUUUAUUCACUCCCAGUUCACUUGGAAAGCGAGAGGCGAAUAAAAUUAUUCAAGGAUCCCCUUUACACAUUGUAUAUCCAGUUACAAAUUAUAAUUAUACAACUGGUAAUGGAGUACCAGAAAGUCCAUCAAUUCCUAAUGAUGGUUGUUUUCUAUCAAAUUUAUCUAUACCAUAUAAUCAAAGAUCUGGCAGUGAUCCAAAACAAUCUAUCAAAGUAAAAAAUAGACGUGGUUCAAAUGAUGAAUGGGAGAUAAAUGGACAAGAAAUUACUAAAGGUCCAAGAAUCGGUUCUGGAUCAUUUGGUACUGUAUUUAAAGGUUAUUGGCAUGGAAAUGUUGCUAUUAAAGAAUUGAAUGUUGUUGAUCCUACACCACAACAAUUGAAAGCUUUCAAAAAUGAAGUCAGUGUAUUGAGAAAGACACGACAUGAAAAUAUUCUUUUAUUUAUGGGUUGUGUCUCUAAACCAUGUAUAGCUAUCAUCACUCAAUGGUGUGAAGGGUCCAGUUUGUAUAAACAUCUUCAUGUGUUAGAGCAUCGUUUUGAUGUUCCAGAACUAGUCGAUAUUGCCAAGCAAACAUCACAGGGUAUGGAUUAUUUACAUGCUAAGAAUAUAAUACAUCGUGACUUAAAGUCAAGUAAUAUAUUCUUACAUGAUCGUACUGUGAAAAUUGGCGAUUUUGGUUUGGCCACAGUAAAAAGUCGUUGGUGGAAUACUGGUUGUCAACAACCAACUGGAUCUAUAUUUUGGAUGGCUCCUGAAGUUAUUCGUAUGGAAGGUGAAACACCAUAUACUAAUCUUUCAGAUGUAUACGCAUAUGGUGUAGUGAUUUAUGAAUUAAUUACUGGUCAACUACCUUAUUCUCAUUAUAAUAAUCGUGACCAAAUUUUAUUUCUUGUUGGCCGAGGUUUAUUAAAACCUGAUCUAACUGUAUGUCGUACAGAUAUUCCUCAUCAAUUACAACGUUUAUCAUUAGAUUGUUGCAGUUUUCAACGUGAAAAUCGACCACCAUUCUCUCAGAUUUAUCCAUGUUUAGAUUCAUUAUAUCGUUCAUUACCAAAAUUACAUAAAUGUUCAUCAGAACCAAAUAUUAAUGGUAUUGUAUCACGUGGUAAUAUCGCAAUUGGAUCAUCAAACAAUGAACGUUUAGGUAUGGAUGAAUUUAAUGAUAAACGUAUUAUUUCUAAUAAAUCUGCUACAGUUACAACUAAUUAUUUAAGUUUAUCACCAAAAACACCAUUUAAUAGUAAUAAUAACAAUAACAAUAAUAAUAAUAAUGGUACUACAAUAUCAUCAAUUACAAAUGAAUUAUUUUUUACAAAUCGUAACUUAACCGAUACUACUACUACUACUACUACUGCUAUGACAUCAAAUUCAUCAAAUAAUUUAGAUAAACAAUCUACAAAUACAACAAUGAGCAAUGACCAUUUAUCAUCACCUCCUCCCCCACUUCAUCCUUCUGAUAAUAAUAAUAAUGAUACAGAAGAACAUGUUGAUCGUACACCACCACCAUCAUCAUCUAUCAUACAUGAUACAUCCUCUAAUACUUCUUCACCCCCAUCAUCAUCAUCAAUUGUAAACGAACGUACAAUAUUGAUUGUAGACAAUAAAAUUGUAUGAAAAAGAGAUUGAAUAUAAUUUAUGAUGAUAAAUAUUCUUUUUUUCUUUUUAUUGUUUGUUUAUUAAUUUUCUUCUGAAAAAAAAAGUUUUUUUAUUCUGCUUUUUUUCUUUCGUUUGUUUGUUUGUUUGUUUUUUCUUAAUUGUUGUUAUUGAAUUAAUCAAAUUUCUCUUUAUUAUCUUUUCAUAAUGAUGAUAAUUAAAUCAUUGAAAUAUUUAUGUUUUAUUUAACCAUUGAAUUGUAAACCCCUUUCGCGUCAUAUACACACGCACAUACAUAUAACAACAAUGAAAAAUUGUAUACAAAUAAACCGAUAAAUAAGUUAUAUGAUCCCCCCCUUUUCUUUUUUAUUGUGACAGUUUUAUAGUUGUAUAAAGUUUCUCUCUUUAUUAUUUCUAUUCAUCGUUCUUUGUUGUCAUCUGUGAUAGGUAGUUGUUUUUUUUUGUACAGCUUACACUUUGCCCAUCCCCCAUAGAUAUGUAUGCUGCUUCUCAUAUGAUAAGAUUCUUUUCAUUGAUUUCAUGUUAUUGUUGUUGUUGUUUUCCUCUCUCUUUCUUUCUGUUUAUAAAGUCUAACAAAACAACAUAGAUUCAUUUGGUUAUUUAUUUUCAUUUUUGGUCAUAGUGAUUUCAAAUUUAUUUUUGUGUUGUUUGUUUUUGUCAAAAAGAAAUAUUAUGAAUGAUUAUUGUUCCAUCAGUGUACUUUUCAAACGUUUCUUCUUCUUCUUCUUCUUGAUAUUCAGUUGUUAUUUAUGAUUCUUUUAGAAUUAUGACAUCCGUUGUGAGCUCUCUAUCAUCUACAUCAUGAAUUGAUACUUCUUCCUCUUAAAGGUUUUGUGAAGAAAAAUAAGAAAAUUAAUACUUGUGAGUUCACAAUGUGCUAGCUCAGUACUUUCAAGAACUUCCCGUUAAUGAUAGCAAUUCGUGCAGCAAAGAAAUGUAGAUCUUUUCUAG